AUAUCAAACGAGGCGUAAAGAGGUCGUUGCAGUUGCGAUUUUUAACUUUGCCUACAGGUCCUACAUAACCUUUUGCUGUGCAUGUAUUUUCGUAAUAAAAUACGUUCGAUCAUUGCACUUCUUAUAUCGAACGACUGUCUCAACGGACUUUACUGUAAGAGUUUGUCAUAUUCAACGAUCAAAAAGAGGUUAAAAUGUCCAAAACUCACAGUCCGUCAAUCUUCAAUGGAGAUCCAGACAAUUUUUAUGACCCAAAUUUUACCCUUGAAAUAAACAAACGCAUGACAGUGCCGAAAAGCAUUCGGGUUAAUGGUGACUAUGCAGAUGACGAACUGCAAGGAUCUGGUUGGACUCAAGCAAUGCCGAAUGAGAAGUUUGAAAUGAAUGUUCCUGACAGAAUUCUUGUAGUAGGUCUCUCGGAUCAUGUUAUGUGGCAAGAACAACACAUCGGUACAAAAGCCCCACCUCGGGAAAUGAUGUUGGAGAAUUCGGUCAUGCCACCUGAACCAGGAAUGGUGAGAGUCCAGACGCCUCCUCGAAUUCUCACGCUCGAUGAUCACUAUUUUCCUACCGUUGACGAGGACGAACCCAACAAUUUUGCAAACUCCUCCAUAGACUCGGAGGCAACGUCUCGGUCGCGAUCAAGAUUCGUUCCCGAGACUCAAAUCGUCAGGCACGUAAGAGAACAAACUCCCAUUUACAACGCGUUGGACGUUUCGCUUCCACCAUCGGAAGAGAUUCAACACUUGCGUCGCCAAGUCGGUAAAUUAAACCGACGCGUUAUGGCGGUCGAGCUCGAAAUGCUCCAGCGUCAACAGAGAGAUAAAAUUUUCUAUGCCAUAACGAUAACGUACUUCUUCCUCAAGGCAUUUUCCUGGUUAACCAGAAAUUAAGAAUGCACGAUUAACGGAAAAAGUUGAGUUCUUCGUUACCAUUUGAGAACGCACGCAAAAAAAAAAGCUCUUCGGAAGAAAAACGAAACCUAAAACAAAAACAGAACGCGCAAGGUCCUGUCAUAAUCGCAGUUUUCUUGCGCCAGGGCCAUUUUUGCUCACGAAGAAACAAACGAACGAACCAAAGAUUUUGCAUCCACAGAAAUGCAAAUUUAGAGGUUCCGUGUUUUUUUUUUUUUUUCUUUUAACUUUUCGGAAGGUCGUUGACGAAGAUGAAUUCUCGAUCAACCCCCGCAUAACCUUCCGUUUUUGUAGAUUAUCUUAUACAUACGUUUGAUGUGUCGCAUUACUUGGAAUACGGACGAACUGAAUAGUGAACGACUUUAUUAUUUUGAGCCUUCUUUUUUCCGAGCGAUUUUGUUUCAAGUCUGCGACAAUAUCGCGAUUGUGCCCGCGACCACUGUCACUGGUCUCAUAAAUGAAAAGCCGAGUCUCCUGAGCUUGAUGCCAGAGACGUUUGACGGCGAGAAAAUAGAAUAAUGUGCUAGCAAAACGAAAAGCCAAACUUGGUACUAUGGCACACGUACGACGAACAAAUAAAUAAUCAGGUUCGAACACAUAGGACUCUCACUGAUUAUUUCAGUUAUAUAUGUCUUAUAAAGUAUAAUUAAUUCAUUAGAAUCUUGGAUGUAGCAAUUAUUCGUCGGUACAGUGUGUAUGAACGUCAUUGAUAUCCUCGUAAAUAUUUUUCUCAUUAAGAAUUUGAAUCACACAAUUCUACCUUAUACAACGCGUUUGAAACAUUGAAAAGUAUACAGGGGCGAAACUUUUUUUGAAUGAUAUGUAUUAUAUAGCAAUCGAACUGUUUUACGUACGGAACUCCAUUAUUUUUAUCUGCGAGCAUGUGAUUUUUGUUUUUCUUUUCCACCGAUUGACUUUCCACCAACGGACGGAAACCAGUGGAACGACGCCCCAGCUUUUCGUGUGCUAUCAAUUAAAAGAAUUUCAACCGACAAAUUUCCUUAUCUCCGAAAGUAAUAUACUCGUAUACUCGGACUCAUAAUCAUUUUCUCGAAAAAAUGAAAGUAGGGCGAUGGUUCCGUUUGGAAAAAUGGGGAUUAGUUCGAACUGAGAGAAUCGUCGUUGAAGUACAUUACGCCUGUGGCCAUACUGUAUGAUAUUGUACAUUUAUACAUACUACGCCAUGUGAUUCUAGAAUGAAAUUAAAAAAUUCCAAAUUACGUUGAAUGAGAACCGUGAGUGGGAUUGUGAGAGGUAAUGCUUGUUAGAAAAAUGGUUGCGAGCACGCCAGAGCAGCGGAAUUUCGAUAUUUUUUGUUUUUUAUUUCAAUGAUUGAAAUAUCGAUACUAAGAAUAUUCCGCAAUAUGAAAUGUUCGUUAUUUUAGUUUCCAUUCUCGAAUUAAAUCGAUAAGAUUUAAUUUUGCCCAUACUUUGUGGCUCGAUCGAUUGGUGUAACAAAAAAUUUUCACCCUUUUUUCUCUCGAUUAAGAUGCUAUAUUUAUAUUCUACAAUACACUAUCUGUAAUCUUUGAAAAAAUGUGCGCAUUGUUGAUAAUAUCACAGUCGAUUCGGUCUCA